CCAGAAGAAAGUCAGUGCACGUCUACCACUAGAAAUUGUUUUGAUAACAAGAAAACCAGUUUCUCCCAUCGGCAAAUUUUUCCUAUCAUUUUCUAAAAAAUGGAGUGGGAAUUCCAGGUAAAUUAGGGAAAACCUUAAAAAUGAAAUUUAGCCGUAUGGACUAGGAACCAUUGAGCAGAAAGGUUUCUCCAACAGCUGCGUUGUCAGUAUUAAUUAUAUUGGUUUCUUCAGCCUACUCAUUAGCCAUGAUUGAUUUUAUAUAGGGCUCACUCCCGGUGCACUCAUGGGUUAACCCUGACGAGCUUAAUACCAGAAGAGAUUGGCGUAUCACACGUAAAAUGUAUUUUUUUUUUCAGCGUAUUUUUCACCAUCAUGCCAGUACCUUCCGGUAAGCUGAUCAAGGUUAACCCGUGGGUGCACCGGGGCCGAGUUUUACUUCCAUAUCCACAUCCUUUCAUCAUGCUGAUGCUUGCCCAUUAAGCAAGCAGACGAACAUUGCAGAUGUCAAGUUGGCGCCCAGAAGCAUAGCAAAAAAGAAGUCUUGUGAAAUAUUUUGAUUCGCAGUUUAUCCAAUACAUUACUUUCAUAAGUUGUAGUGGCCAGUCGAUUGAAGAAAAUAUAGCGUCGCAUCUUACAUAUUUGACGAUGAUGCCGUGUUGGUACUACGAAAAAAAAGAUUUGAAAAGAGAGACUCCUUCAAUUCAAGAUGGUAUUGAUUUUGAAACGGAAUCUCGUUACCGAAAAGAAGGAGCUAGGUUCAUCAUCGAUACUGGAACAAAAAUGGGCCUUCGGUAUGAUACAAUGGCCACAGGAGUUGUUUAUUUCCACCGAUUCUACAUGUUCCACUCUUUCAAAGAGUUCCCCCGUUAUGUCACUGCAUGCUGCUGCCUCUUUCUUGCGGGAAAAGUAGAAGAAACUCCAAAGAAAUGUAAGGACAUUAUUAAGGUGGCCAAGGCAUCAUUGUCAGAAGCGCAAUUCCAACAGUUUGGAGAAGAUGCUAAGGAGGAGGUUAUGACACUUGAAAGAAUUUUACUACAGACAAUAAGAUUUGACUUACAAGUUGAACACCCGUAUGGCUACCUCAUUAAGUAUGCCAAAUCUCUGAAAGGAGAUAAAUCUAAGCUCCAAAAAAUGGUACAAAUGGCAUGGACAUUUGUCAAUGAUAGCUUGUGCACUACAUUGUGUUUGCAAUGGGAACCUGAAGUAAUUGCUAUUGCCUUGAUGUACUUGGCGGGGAAACUAAGUAAAUUUGAAAUCACGGAUUGGAGCGGUAGACAACCUCGACACAUACGCUGGUGGGACAUGUUUGUGGAAGAUAUCAGUUUAGAAAUACUUGAAGAUAUCUGUCACCAGGUGUUGGACUUGUACUCUCAGCAACCUGCAAGAACUGAUUCUCCUCAAGGGAACCCAGCACUGGGUGCAACCAAAGUGCAGACUGCGUUACCAAUUACAACUCCUACGAAGCCAGCCGGUGGACGAGCAGCAGGAGGAUUUGAUCAACGGUUGGACGCUAUGCAACCCAACGUCGAAGUAGCAGCAGCAGCUGGAUAUGUCAAUUACGCAAUGGGAGUUGCCAAUGCUACUUCUUUACCCGUCGGCGUUCAACCCAGCAUGAACGUUGCACCUCCUAUUAAUGUAUCACAUACGCUUCCACCGCCUCCAGUUGGACAUACAUUUCCUUUUCCAGGUUAUCCAAUGAUCCCCCCUACAACUAAUCCUCCUGUUCCCCCCACUCCUCCACAGGUUUACCCGCCUCCGCUCCCCCCAACUCAGAAUGCUCCAUUUUAUCCUACAUAUCCUACAUUUCCGGGACAAGUAUAUCCUCCUACGCCAACUGCGUCACAACCACCUCCCCCUCCUCGCCCGUACUAAAAAAUCGCAAUAAAACUUACAGUUAAGAUAUUUUC